AUGUUGGGAUUCAAAGUGCUUUCGGUUUUGCUGCUCGCAGGAACUGUGUUGGCGGCACCUCAGUAUUCCUACCCUACUCCAUCUUUUAGCUCGGGUGGUGGAAUUGGUGGUGGAGUCGGCGGCGGUUUCGGUGGUGGCAUCGGCGGAGGAUUAGGUGGAGGUAGCGGUGGUGGUUCUGGUGCAACCAUCAUCCUCGCCACCAGCGGUGGUUCCGGCGGAGGACUCGGCGGUGGAGUCGGCGGUGGAAUCGGUGGUGGUUCUGGAUUUGGCGGAGGAGUCGGUGGCGGACUCGGAGGUGGUUCCAGUGGAGGAUUCGGUGGCAGUUCCGGUGGAUACGUUCUAUCUACCAUCGGUGGAUCCGGAUUCGGUGGUGGUUCUGGAUUCGGAGGUGGAUCCGGAUUUGGCGGUGGAAUCAGUGGUGGAUCUGGGUUCGGUGGCGGUUCCGGAUUCGGAGGAGGAAUAGGUGGAGGUGCCGGCAGUGGUGUUAGUGGAGGAGCCGGUAAAAUUAUCAUUCUUGCCACUGGUGGAGCUGGAUCUGGAGCUGGAGUCGGUGGCGGAAUUGGUGGAGGUGUCGGUGGAGGUUUCGGUGGCGGUGUUGGUGGGGGCUUCAGCGGAUCAUCCGGUGCAGGCAUUUCGAGCUACGCAGCUGCUGCUCCAUUAUACGCUGGUCCAUCCCCACUUUCAAUUGUGCUGAUGGCAGAAGCCAUCCUGGCUGGAUCCUCGGGAUACACAUAUUCCUCUCCGUCGCACAGCUCCAGUAGUGGGCUCAGUGCUGGAUUCGGCAACGCGAUCGUAGGUGGACUUGGAAGCGGUUCCAGCUCUCUCAUCCAAUCCACCAGUGGGCACUCUGCUGGGUUCAGCAGUGGACUCGUAAGCAGCAACAGAUUUGGAGGCAACUCCUUCGGUGGAUUCAGCGGAGGACUCGGUGGUGGUUCCACUGGAGGAUAUACUUCCUCUGCAAGCCUCGGUUCCGUUGGAGGAUUCAGCGGAAGCCUCGGUGCAGCACAUGGUAAUGGAUUCGGAGGCAAUGCCGUUAGUUUCGGAGACAGUGCCGGUUCGGCACUUAGUGGUGGAUUCGGAGGCAGUACCGGUAGCAUAGGUUCUUCGAGUGGAUUCGGUUCGAGUCUUGGCAGUCGAUUUGGUGGAGGACUGAGCAGUGGAUCUUUGGGAAGCACCGGUGGAUUUGGAGGCAGUAUCGGCUCUUCCAGCUUUGGCUCCAACAGCGGAUUCGCUGGAGCACUUAGCAGUGGUAUUGCUGCCAGUACUCUCAGUGCUGGCGCAGGAGUUGGCACUGGUUUCGGAAGCAGUAUUGGCUCUUCCAAUAUCGGCGGAUUCGGAGGAUCCCUUAGCAGUGGCUUGAGCGGCAAUCAUGCUAGUUUCGGAGAUAGCCAUGGAGCCGGACUUGGCGGUAGUUUCGGUAGCAGCAUUGGCUCUUCCAGCAUUGGUUCCAGCAGCGGAUUCGGAGGAGCACUCAGCAGUGGUUUUGGUGGUAACAAUGUUGGAGAUAACAUUGGGGCAGGAGUUGGUGGUGGUAUUGGAAGCAGCAUUGGUGCCAGUAGCGGAUUAGGAGGAGCCCAAAGCAGUGGUAUCGGCGGCAGCGCCAUUAGUUUCGGAGAUAGUAAUGGUGCAAGUCUUGGUGGUGGUUUCGGAGGAAGCAUUGACUCCUCCAGCUUUACCUCCGGCAGUGAUUUGAGCGGAUUUGGUAGCCGAUUUGGAAGUAGUGGUCUUGGAGGUAUUACUUCAUCCAGUCUCGGAGCUGGUAACCAAUUCGGCGGAGGUGCCCUAAGCAGUGGCUUCGGAGGUAACAGUGCUAAUUUCGGAGACAGUGUCGGUGCUGGACUUGGCAGUGCUUUCGGAAGCAGUUCCGCGGGGGGAUAUACAUCUUCCAGUAGCAUUGGUUCCGCAGGUGGAUUUGGUUCAAGCCUUGGUAGUAGAUUCGGUGGAGGACUAACCAGUGGAUUCGGAGGAAGCUCCCACGGAUUCGGAGGCAAUUCCGGUAGUUUCGAACAUAGCAUUGGUUCCGGGUCUUCCUUCGGAGGAAGUUUCGGUGGAAACAUUGGUGGUGGAUUCAAAGGAGGAGCGAUAGAAGGUACUUCAGACCAAGGCUACUCGAGCUAUGCCGCAGCAGCUCCAAAGUACACUGGACCAAAACCUGUCUACGGAGUACCACAAGUACAAUAA